UAAGGCAGUGAGGCAGCGCGCGGGCAGACGGUCAAUCGCUUGCGUCUUGUCGGCGACGAUCACAGAGCGCGCGCGUGACACUAAAACUCGUUAAACUCGGGAUAACGCAGCGACGGGGAUAACUUCACUCCCACAUUGCUGGACAUCUAUCUACUCUAACCUUUUUUAUAUUCUUUUGCUGUCCUUUUUUACUUCUUUAAGGACGACCGAAGACCGUUUGCAUUUUUACGCAUUUUCGUGGAUAUUUUACACAAAAACAUGCCUGCUGAUAUGAUGGAAAAGAACUCGUCUUCCCCGGUGGCUGCGACCCCGGCGAGCAUGAACACCGUCCCGGACAAACCCAAGACAGCCUCCGAGCACAGAAAGUCAUCGAAACCUAUUAUGGAGAAAAGAAGACGAGCUAGGAUCAACGAAAGCUUGGGUCAACUCAAAACGCUCAUCCUGGACGCUCUGAAAAAAGACAGCUCCAGACACUCCAAGCUGGAGAAGGCUGAUAUCCUGGAGAUGACCGUGAAGCACCUCAGGAACAUGCAGCGCGCGCAGAUGACCGCUGCUCUGAACGCGGACCCCACUGUGCUCGGCAAGUACCGCGCGGGCUUCAGCGAGUGCAUGAACGAGGUGACGCGUUUUCUGUCCACGUGCGAAGGCGUAAACGCCGAGGUGCGCACGCGACUGCUCGGCCACCUCGCUAACUGCAUGACCCAGCUGAACGCAAUGAAUUACACGGCGCAGGCGCACGCCGGACCCGCGCCGCCUCCUCCGCCGACCUUCGGCCAGCCCGUGGUGCAGAUCCCCGGAGCGACGCACGUCCCCGUGCCAGUCUCGGUGCCGGGGUGCAAGAGCGCGCCUCCAUCCGGCGCGUCGCCGUCCGACGCUGCCAAGGUGUACGGCGGCUUCCAGCUCGUCCCGGCCACAGACGGACAGUUUGCCUUUUUGAUUCCCAGCGGCGCGUUCACACCCGGCGGCCCCGUGAUCCCGGUGUACGCGAGCGGUGCGGCCACGCCCCUCCCAGCAGCCGCAGCGUCCCCGCGCGAGGCAUCGCUCACUUCAGACUCCGUCUGGAGGCCUUGGUAGAAAAACAAACAAACAAGCAAACAAACAAACAAACAAAAAAGACUCAUGAAAAGACAUUUACACUGUUCAUAUGCUAUGUGUUUGGUUUGUUGAAGUUUUUGUUGUUCUUUUUUUGUAUGGAAACGUGUUUUAAGAAGAGAUUUUUUAUGCACUAUAUUUGUACAGUUCAAAAGGGAGAGAAGUUCAUAUUGAAACGAGAUUUAUACUUAUAGCUAAUGUCUGUUCGUUGCAUUUUUUAUAUUUGCGGUAUCUUUUUUUUCUAAAGGUGAUGCCAAAGAUAUGUGGAAUGCUUUGCAAGAUUCUUCUUUUUGGAAGACUAAUAAAUUUGUUAAAAAAGAAAAAA